GCGAAAAUAGAAGGUGAAAGUAAGUUAAACAUGGAGAUGGAAAAGGCGCACAACUGGACAGACUUCGAUAAAUUAACUACAGUACCAUACAAUAAACAUAGAAAGUUUGUAGGUGUAGAGUAUCCUGGGAUAAUAAAGAAUCCCGAGAGAGCUCUCAAAACCCUAGGAGGAAUUGAUAAUCUUGAAAAGGUGUAUUCAACAACAAACAAAAGAGCAGAUUUACAUUUUCAACCUGGAAACAUCUUUUGUAAACCGGCGUUUGCUGAAAGGGCAGCCGCAACAUGCCUUCUGUUGAAAGUGAAGCGGAGAAGGAGAAAGGGAGAGAAAUCUUGGGAGAGUUGUCAAUACCAAGUGGAAGUUCUGGGCAGCCUUGAAACAAUGUAUACAUUUAAUAGUAUGGCAGACUUCCAGUAUCUUCCAGUUGUAAAAGGCAAAAAUGGCAAACUAGAGCAGAUUCAUGAUAGAAUUGUCCUGAGUGAUUUUGUGGACAGGAAUGAAUUCAUAGACAGGGAUGUCCCCGUCUUCCUACCGCCUGUCAUAUUCUCCAGGUUUGACUACCCAGACAAGGACUACCUGUACAGAGAUGCUGUGGUACACAAGCCGGGCUAUGUGAACCCUGACAAGGACCGGCCAGCUAACCUGAUUGGUACAGUGAGGGAGAAAAGAAAAGUGUACACAGUUUUCUUGAACUACAAUGAUGAAGUUCCAGAGAAACCUCAAGAGGAAGCAGUUGUAAGCCUGCGACUCAAAUACAAUGCACCCCAAGGCGAAGAAGAAUUGGCCAAGUUGUUUGAGCAGCGACCUGUCUGGUCCCGGACGGCACUAAACAGCUUUUACACAGGUAAGCUGGAUAAGCUGAAAUACCUGCUGCCCCUGGUCUCCUUCUACUACCUGAACGGCCCCUGGAGGUGUCAGUGGGUCAGGUUCGGCUACGACCCUCGCAAGCACCCAGAGGCAAAGAUGUACCAAAUCGUAGAUUACAGGGCCAGGCAAAACUCGCCUGCUGAUAUAGUUGGUGUUACUCUAAAGAGAUCGCCAAAUGUUAUUGCCUUUCCUGCUAUGAAGAGAAAAAAUGCCAAUGCCGCAAAAAUAAACCUGACUGCAGCUCGUACUCCAAAAACCACUACCCCAGAGGAAAGUGAAGAAUCCAAAAUUCCACUCCAUGUGUAUGUCCCAGAGAGGUUGCCUCCUUGCAGACAGAUGUUUUACCAAAUGUGUGACAUCCAGAUGGAGGAAAUUCAGUCCAUCAUUGAAAACAGCACAGUCCCCGUAUGCACAGAAAAAGAUGGUUGGUGCCACAAAGGCACAGUAGAGAAAAUACGAGACAUCAUGACCAAGCGAGCACUGGAAGUUCUUGACAGCCAAGGAAUAUCUGUGUCCCACAUCCUACGAUCUAAAGCAAAACACAGACCAAAAAAGUUAGCUGAGGACAAUGAUUUGGAGGAUUUACCUGAGGAGGAGGAGGACUUCGAUGACAUGGAAGAUUUAAAUAUGUAUGAUCUUAUUGAGGAACAACAGGUGGAAGAUGACGUCAGUGAAAUGGAGACCGAGAUGUUGGAGUGUGUGUAAGAGAGAGAGAGAGAGAGAGAGAGAGAGAGAGAGAGAGAGAGAGAGUACAAUGUACAGAUGAUUAAAGACAAGCAUUGUUCUAACGAAUAAAGACAAGCAGUGUACAAUUGUACUAACGAUUAAAGAAGUGGAAGUAAG